CGCGCGUGCGCAGUCCCACGCGGUUGAGUUCUCCGGGGGUCCCAGCUUUUAGAUCCCGGGCUGCUGCCGUGCGCCCCGCGCAGAGGCGUCCUCCUCUCGCCCACCAUGCGUUGGGGGCUGUGCCCUCACGGGCCCGGGGCGGCGGCGCUGGCCGCUGCCGGCAGCUUCUGGAGGCCGGCCCGCUUUCCCGACCGCCUGGGGUAUCGGAGGCUGGUGGUGCGGUCGGUGGCAGGGGCGGAUAGCCCUCAGAGCAGCCCGAACAGCGGCAGAUACCGCGACACGGUGCUGCUGCCGCAGACCGCCUUCCCCAUGAAGCUGCUGGGCCGCCAGCUGCCCGACAUGGAGCUGGAGAUCCAGCAGAAGUGUGGAUUUUCAGAGCUUUAUUCCUGGCAAAGAGAAAGAAAAGUAAAGACGGAAUUUUGUCUUCAUGAUGGACCUCCUUAUGCAAAUGGUGACCCUCAUGUUGGGCAUGCCUUAAACAAGAUUUUGAAAGACAUUGCCAACCGUUACCAUAUGAUGAGAGGCUCCAAAGUGCAUUUUGUGCCUGGCUGGGAUUGCCAUGGGUUGCCCAUUGAGACAAAAGUGUUAUCAGAGCUUGGUGUAAAUGCUCAGACUCUUCCAGCCAUGGAAAUCAGAAAGAAAGCUAGAUCAUUUGCUAAAGCCGCAAUUGAAAAGCAGAAAUCGGCGUUUGCUCGUUGGGGGGUGAUGGCAGAUUGGAAUAACUGCUACUAUACAUUUGAUGGAAAAUAUGAAGCCAAGCAGCUGAGAACAUUUUACCAAAUGUAUGAUAAGGGCUUGGUUUAUCGCUCUUACAAGCCAGUAUUUUGGUCUCCCUCAUCAAGGACUGCGCUGGCUGAAGCAGAACUUGAGUACAAUCCUGAGCAUGUUAGCCGGUCGAUAUAUGUAAGAUUCCCUCUCUUGAAACCUCCUCCUAAGUUGGCAUCUCUUACAGAUGGCUCGUCCCCCGUUAGCUUUGUAAUCUGGACCACCCAACCGUGGACAAUUCCUGCCAAUCAGGCUGUUUGCUAUAUGUCAGAAGCAAAGUAUGCUCUUGUCAAGUGUUCCACAUCUGGGGACGUCUACAUAUUGGCUGAAGAUAAAAUAUCACCUGUUGCUUCUACCUUGGAAACAACAUUUGAAGUUAUUUCAACAUUUUCAGGUGUAGAUCUGGAAGGUGGUACUUGUAGUCACCCUUUAAUUCCCGAUAAAGAGUCUCCUCUUUUACCUGCUACUCAUGUGACUAUGGCCAAAGGAACAGGAUUGGUUCACACUGCCCCAGCUCACGGUAUGGAAGAUUACAGCGUAGCGUCUCAGCACAACCUCCCUAUGGACUGUUUAGUGGAUGAAAGUGGAGUGUUCACUGAUGCUGCAGGCCCUGAACUCGAGAACAAGGCUGUACUUGAAGAGGGAACAGAUGCGGUUAUAAAGAUGCUUCAGACUGCAAAGAAUUUGUUGAAAGAAGAGAAAGUGGUGCACAGCUAUCCCUGUGACUGGAGAACUAAGAAGCCCGUGGUGAUUCGGGCCAGCAAGCAGUGGUUUAUAAACAUUACAGAUAUCAAGGCUACAGCCAAGGAGUUGUUAAAAGCAGUGAAGUUUAUUCCCGGAGCGGCGUUGAAUAGCAUGAUUGACAUGCUGGACAAGCGGCCAUACUGGUGUAUAUCACGGCAACGAUCUUGGGGGGUUCCAAUCCCUGUGUUUCAUCAUAAGACAAAAGAUGAAUAUUUGAUCAACAGCCAAACCAUCGCGCAUCUUACGAAGCUAAUAGAGCAGCACGGCAGCGAUGUCUGGUGGACUCUGCCCCCCGAGCAGCUUCUCCCCGAGGAGGUCGUAGCUCAGGCUGGUGGUCCUGAUGCUUUGGAAUAUGUGCCGGGGCAGGACAUUUUGGACAUCUGGUUUGACAGUGGAACUUCCUGGUCUUGUGUUCUUCCAGGCACUGAGCAGAGGGCAGACUUGUACCUGGAGGGAAAGGAUCAACUCGGGGGCUGGUUCCAGUCUUCCUUACUAAUAAGCGCAGCCACAAGGGCUAAAGCACCUUUCAAAACGGUGAUGGUUCACGGGUUUACACUCGGAGAAAAAGGAGAAAAGAUGUCCAAGUCCCUCGGAAAUGUCAUUAAUCCUGACACUGUCAUCAAUGGAGGAAAAGAUCAGAACAAAGAGCCUCCUUAUGGAGCUGAUGCCCUGCGCUGGUGGAUAGCUGAAUCCAACGUCUUCACUGAAGUGACCAUUGGCCCCUCUGCACUCAGUGCUGCUAGAGAUGACAUCAACAAGCUUAGAAACACACUCCGCUUUCUCUUGGGAAAUGUGACUGGUUUUAACCCAGAGACUGAUUCUGUUCCUGUUGAAGAUAUGUACGUCAUAGACCAGUAUAUGCUGCACUUAAUUCAGGAUUUUGCAACCAAGAUUACUGACUCAUACAAACAGUAUGAUUUUGGGAAAGUUAUCAGGCUGUUGAAAGCUUUCUAUACCAGGGAACUCUCCAGCUUCUACUUCAGCAUAGUCAAGGACAGGCUCUACUGUGAAAGCCAGAAGGAUCCUAAACGACGCUCCUGUCAAACCGCACUAGCAGAAAUUCUGGAUGUGUUGGUCCGUUCUUUUGCCCCAAUUCUUCCUCACUUGGCAGAGGAGGUGUUCCAGCACAUCCCCUAUGUCAAAGAACCUAAGAGUGUUUUUCGCACUGGCUGGAUUAACACAAGCUCUAUCUGGAAGAAGCCAGGACUGGAGGAGGCAGUGGAGAGUGCGUGUGCCAUGCGAGAUUCCUUUCUGGGCAGCAUCCCUGGCAAAAAUGCUGCCGAGUAUGAGGUUAUCAUCGUGAUUGAGCCUGGGUUACUGUUUGAGAUCAUGGAGUUGCUCCAAGCUGAGGAGACCUCAAGCACGUCUCAGCUGAAUGAACUAAUGAUGGCCUCCCAGACAACACUGCUGGCUCAGGAGCCGCGGGAGAGAGCUGCGGAUGGGAUUGAGCUCACAGGGACAUUCCUCAUCAAUCUAGAGGGUGGUGACAUUCGUGAGGAGUCUUCGUAUAAAGUCAUUGUCGUACCAACUGCCAAAGAAAAGUGCCCUCGAUGUUGGAAGCACACCGCCGAGACUGCAGAUACUCUCUGUCCUCGGUGUGCAGAGGUCAUUGGUGCAAAAUAACAUUCUGAUGUUAACAGCUCCCUGAGCAAGAACCUUCCUCAGUGCUGAUUAGAACCCUAGAAAGAAAUCCAAGGUUUAGGUAAGGACUGGAAGAGUAAAUGGUAAAAGAGAAAGAUAGGGGUAAAAGAAUAUUAAAGAGUAUUUCCUGUAACUAAAAGAUUUAUAUAUAUGCACAUACACACAAACAUACAUGGAAAUAGAUAUAUGAAGACAUACAUGUAUACAGAGCAGACAGACACACACUGACACUCAUGAUGGACUUCUUCAGAGUCAGGCACUGAAUAUGGUUACUUUCAGUGUGGCCAAACAGAAAUGUUUUAUAUUUUAUUGAAACUUUUUUGACUCAGUAUUUAAGUUCUAUAAUGUCUGAAAAUAAAGGCAUUCUGAGAAACUCCCAACUGGCGGUGGUGUAGAAGUUACGGAUUAUGAAGAGCGUGUAACUUUGCAGGGGAGUGGAAGAGUCGUGUGCCCACAUAAGGUGAAGGGGUCAGUUCAUUCUGCACAUUAGCAAACAUCAAGUUUCUAAGGCAGCAGGAUUUUGGAACGUACUGCGAAGAUCAUCAUCAAACUUAUUCAAAAGGGGAAAAAUCUUUGUCUUACAUGUAUGAAUGUCGAGGAAAGAACAUAAAAGCUGAACAUUUAUUUCACUAAUAUACAUGUUCACAAUAAUGAAUAGACACAGAAAAUAAUGGUAUGUACAGAAUUCACUACUUACAAUACAUUGACAGUAGACAAAUUAUAGAGCAUUUUGUGAGCAAUCCAAUACUGGAUUGAUCGUUCAAGGAUGGCUAAUCUAAGCAGAAUCUAGCUGCCUCGUAAACCCAUCCCUGUGAGGUGAGAGGGCUUUCACUAUUGCUGUAGUGCACUGUAAGAAUACUUGUUUCUUCAUGAAAUGGACCAUAGUAACUUCUAAGUGAAUGCUGUAAUCAAUGUAAGUUUAUUGUUACUAAGUCUUAGUUAGCUAUGAUUUUAAAUCAUAAGUAAUCAUUUAAAAAAGCUAUUUAAAUGCAGCAGGCUUCACACUAUAGAUGACCUCUUUGUGUGUCUUGGCUAAAGUGGGAAGUAUGGGAAGCCUGGUGCUAUGUAACGUACUGCUGUAUCUACAUCAUCCCGGCCCCUCCACAUCUAUGUAACGUAGUGCUGUAUCUACAUCAUCCCGGCCCCUCCACAUCUAUGUAACGUACUGCUGUAUCUACAUCAUCCCGGCCCCUCCACGUCUAUGUAACAUACUGCUGUAUCUACAUCAUCCCGGCCCCUCCACGUCUACAUUUAAACACAGCCUGGGUAGAGAAGUUAGGAUUGUCUGAACACUUUCAUUAGCAGGGUAAAAAAGUGUGUAACUGUAAGGGAGAGAAGGGGGUAUCUAGGGAAAUACUACUGGUUAAGGGCAUACGCCAUGCCCUUGUUGGAGGGACACCAGCCCCGUUAGAACCCAAUUCCUUUAUUUGUGGCACUUUGUUGUUAGAGAAUGGAUACAUAAAUGUUAAUUUUUCUUUAUCAGAUUUAUUUUAAAAGCCCUUAGUAAAGUAGAAUAUUUUACUGCCCUUAUUAAACUCAGGAUUUAGUUUUUAAA